CGUCUCUGUUCUGUCGAAAAAGUGGGUGGCCCGUCCUUGUAUGAGACCCGGAUCCAGUCUUUCUUGCAUGAGAAGAAAAAAAGUUGACACAGCUUGUUGAAGGACCAGGAUGCCUGCCGUCGCUGCCGCCGUUCUUAACCUGUCGGGUUCCGUACCUCAUGUGAAGCCAUUUCCGGUCACCACACCGUUUGGUAUUCGCUCCCCACUGCACCGGAAUAAUUAUGCAGUUCAAGACUGGUGCUCCAAACCAUCCGGAAAUUAUAAACCCAGAGGAAUAAUGUGCAAAGCUAACUUGCCACCCAAUCAUAUAUUGUCAAUCAGCAGAGGUUCAAGGGGACCUCAACAUGAGUUGCAUUCCUGGGCUCCUAAAGGCUCAUUUUUCAGCGGGAAUCAAGAUACCCAAUCAGACACAAUUCUGUUUUCAUCUCGUGAGAGAUCUAUGACGACUCCUAGGGCAUUUAAGGAUGUCCCAUUCAGGAUUCAGUACCCUGUAAUAACUGAGAAACCAGAAUGGUGGUGGAGGACUUUGGCAUGUGUCCCUUAUUUGAUCGCAUUGCAGAUUUCUGACGUAGGCUAUUAUCUCCAACCCUUCCUAGAGCGCUAUGAAUUAUUUGAAGAUUUAAUUUAUUUCGUCCCAGGAGCAAUUACUAGGUUACCGAUCUGGUUCUCCAUGGUUUAUUGCUACUUUGGAUAUAUUGGACUCGUGAAGAACAAACAUUGGCCUCACUUCUUUAGAUUCCAUCUAAUGAUGGGCAUGUUGUUGGAAACAGCUCUACAAAUCUUAUGGUAUACUUGCAACUUCUUUCCGCUUAUACACUACUCUGGCAAGCUCGGGAUGCAUUUUUGGGCUGGUGUGGGAUUUUUUUACAUGUUUGUCUUGUUGCAAUGUGUAAAAUGUGCUCUUAGUGGCAUGUAUGCUCACAUCCCUUUUGUAAGUGAUGCAGCAUAUAUUCAUACUCUGUUCCAUAUUGGAGGUUUUCAACGACCUUUCUAAGAGGGAUAGACCUCUUUCAAGUUUAUAUUUCAAGCUGUUGCGCUCCAUUGAAACGAUGUCGCUGUUUCAAGAGAGAUGUUCCUGUUUGUAGACUGUAGUAGCCAUCAAUAAAGAAAUUGUGCAUGUAGGUAUUGAUUGUAUUGUGGUACUCUUGCCUGCAGAAUUUUGAGAAAAUAUUGGUUGUUUUUAAGGCGCGUUUACUAUUCUUUUGAUUCGCUA